GAACUUGGCCACCAGCUGCCGGCACUCCUCACCACCGAGAGCUUUUCCAGGUUGACAGACGUACUAAAGAUUAAACCAUGUCUGAAGGCUCAGAGAGAAAAUCAAAAAUCCCUGCUUCCAGAAGGAUACUUCUGAAGACUCUUAUGCUUCAGAAGGCGACUGAAAAGUUGGAAAAAGAAAAGAGAGAGGCAGACGAGGAGAAGACAAAGAUUCUUGACGAAAAGGUUCCAUCUUUACAAAUUGCUGGGCUUUCCCUCCAGGAGCUGCAGGAACUGUGCACAAAACUACACAAACAAAUUGAUAGCGUAGAUGAGGAACGUUAUGACAUUGAGAUGAAAGUAAAAAAGCACAAUAUGGAGAUUGAUGCCUUAACUCAAAAGAUUUUCGACUUGAAAGGAAAAUUCAAGAGGCCCAACUUGAAACGAGUGCGUAUCUCGGCAGAUGCCAUGCUCACAGCCCUUCUGGGAACAUCGAUGAAGGUUUCCGUAGAUCUAAGAGCCAACCUGAAAUCCGUGAGAAAGGAAGAUGAGAAGGAAAAGGCAGUAGAAGUUACUGAUUGGCGUAAAAACAUUGAAGCCAUGUCUGGCAUGGAGGGCAGAAAGAAGAAAUUCGACACCAGCAACGCUUAAAAAUCAAGACCAGGAGGCAGUUGGCGUUCCAGAGGAGUUGCAGCAUUUUAUGGAAAGUCCGGCUGUUAUGGAUACAAGAGUACAUAAACACCGUAACAGUCUGCGGAAAUAUUUAUGUUUCCUUUAAUAUAUAAAAAAUGUAUAAUGUACUGUUCUUUGUUAAAAAACCUUUUUCAAAUUAUAGCACCUGUAACUGAGCAACCACCUAGAUAAUUGGAUAAUGUAUGAGAGUCUUUCCAUCCCAAGUCAAAGGCUCAUGGCACAGAGACAUCUCCAGUUCUCAGCUGGUGGAGAAGAGCUGAAACCUGACUUUACAGCCAAUCAUCUGCAUGAAUUCAUACCAAUAUGAACAGAAAAUACAUCUCAUGUGCCAUCAUCCGAAAAGAUGAUGUCUUGAAAGUAUAAAUAGAUGGAAAUCCUGAGAUUUUUUUUGAAAAAAUAAAAAUCACAGAAGAAAAA